AUGGCAUCAGAGAUGGCCGAGGAUACCGGGAUGGGAACACAGCGAAGAAGGUGCGAAAGUGUUUCGACCUCCCCCCGAGUGGAUUCUCCGGAGUCGGUGGGAAAGAAACCAGAGGGCAGGGAUCGGUCGCACUCGGUUACAUACAAUGAACGCCAGCAGCCGCCUAGUACCGGCUUUGAUGUGACCGACCGAGUAUUCCCUAUCCGCUCGGUUCUUUCGGUCGAUCCUCCUACUACUGCGCGGCACGAACCCCCGUCACAGGCACGAACGGCGGUAUCACCAACGCGGGAGGGAGCUCGGCACUAUUCAUUCAUCGACGAACAGACCUGGAAUCAACUGCAAUCGCAGGCAAAAUCACACCCCCAACCUCACCCCGACCCUGAAGACGCCGGUCCUACAGUUCCCACCGAUAUCCCACGACAUGAAACUUACGCCACUAAUGAUAAGACGGAGCUCGCAUCGCAUUCGAUGGCGUCGCAGGUCGUUCAGCACCCGGAAAUAUACGCCAAACCUGCCCCGGACGGCAGCCAGUCUAGUGCAGGGUCGACUGUUCAUCCACAAUCGCAAGCUGAACCCCGGAACAACGAAGAUGGUCACAUGACUUCUCGCUUCAAGCAUGUCGUGACAGAGAAUGGCCACGCGGUCAUAACAGGGCGAGAUGGCGAGGCAUUCCAAUAUUGCGAAGACGAGCCCAUCAGAAUCCCCGGUGCGAUCCAGAGCUUCGGAGUUAUCGUUGCGCUGAGAGAGGAGCAGCCAAAUCAACUAGUGGUCCGGAUUGUGAGCGAGAAUUCGGCCACUUUCUUCGAUUACUCGCCAAAGGAACUCUUCGAAUUAGAAAACUUCUGCGAUAUUCUAAGCGAAGAGCAGGCAGACACCUUGCUUGAUCACCUGGACUUUGUUCGGGAUGAUGCCUAUGAUCCAUCCGUUGACGGGCCGGAAGUAUUUUCCUUGUCAACGCGCACCCCCACCGGAGAGUGUCGUCGAUUCUGGUGCGCCACUCAUGUCUGCCCAACGCAAAAAGACUUGAUUAUAUGUGAAUUCGAAUUGGAGGACGACGAGAUCAAUCCAUUGAAUGUUGCUGGGCAGGGUACCCCAGCAUCUCCUGCAGAUCCUUUCGACAACAGCACUUUGGGACUGACGCCCACCGCAGAACAAUUGGCUUCGUCAACAAUCAACAUCAGCCAACCUCUGCGUGUCCUUCGCAAUGCUCGGAGGAGGAAAGGCAAGGCGGCAAGUAUGGAAGUAUUCUCCAUCUUGACCCAAAUUCAGGAGCAACUUGGACGGGCAACAGAUCUCGAUAUGCUUUUGAAAACUACCGCAGGUUUGGUAAAGGAACUUACCGGGUUCCAUAGGGUUAUGAUAUAUCAAUUUGAUAGCGCGUGGAAUGGCCUGGUGGUCGCCGAACUGGUUGACCCCACUAUCACAAUGGACCUUUACAAGGGUCUCCAUUUCCCUGCUGCGGACAUUCCCGCACAAGCACGAGAACUGUACAAGAUCAACAAGGUCCGUUUGUUGUACGACAGGGAACAAGUCACAUCUCGGCUGGUUUGUCGGACGCUGGAAGAUCUCGAAACUCCUCUGGACAUGACGCACUCAUAUUUGAGGGCGAUGUCCCCGAUUCACGUCAAGUAUCUGGCACACAUGAAAGUUCGCUCUUCGAUGUCCAUCAGUGUUAAUGCUUUCAACGACCUGUGGGGCUUGAUCUCAUGUCACAGCUAUGGAUCUGCCGGAAUGCGCGUGUCGUUUCCCAUACGAAAGAUGUGCCGAUUACUUGGGGACACUGUGUCAAGAAAUAUCGAACGACUUUCAUACGCCUCUCGUUUGCAAGCUCGGAAGCUCAUCAAUACCGUCCCAACAGAGGCCAACCCGUCAGGCUACAUUAUCGCCUCUUCAGAUGACUUGCUACAACUUUUCGAUGCAGAUUACGGAGUUUUGUCAAUCAGGGAUGAGACCAAGAUCCUGGGCGAUAGUUCAGCUUCGCAAGAAGUACUCGUGCUACUUGAGUUCCUUCGCAUUCGUCAGCUGAGCUCAGUACUUGCCUCACACGAUAUCGUCAAGGAUUUCCCUGAUUUGCAUUAUCCUCCAGGACUCAAGAUUAUCUCGGGUCUGCUUUAUGUGCCGCUUUCCACUGGUGGAAGUGACUUCAUUGUGUUCUUCCGACGUGGGCAGCUCACGGAAAUCUCAUGGGCUGGAAAUCCAUAUGAAAUCGCCAAGCGCAAAGAAACAGCAGGCUAUCUUGAGCCGCGCCAAAGUUUCGCGGCGUGGCGGGAGACGGUGCUCUCCCAGAGUCGGGAAUGGACAGAGACUGACGUGGAGACAGCGGCGGUUCUAUGUCUCGUCUACGGCAAAUUUAUCAAAGUCUGGCGCCAGAAAGAGGCUGCAAUGCAAAAUUCACAAUUAACCCGCCUACUUCUCGCCAAUUCGGCUCAUGAGGUUCGAACGCCGCUCAAUGCAAUCAUCAAUUAUCUCGAGAUUGCGCUCGAGGGUGCCCUGGAUGAGGACACUCGUGAUAGUUUGACCAAGUCUCAUUCAGCUUCCAAAUCUCUGAUCUACGUUAUCAACGACCUGCUUGACUUGACAAAUACCGAAAAGGGCCAGGAGCUCAUCAAAGACGAAAGUUUCGACCUUGAAGAAACUUUCAAGGAAGCAGCUCAGAUGUUGUCUGGCGAGGCGAAGCGCAAGGAUAUUUCAUACACUAUCUCGGUGCACCCGGGAAUUCCUAAUCUAGUUCUCGGUGACCAACGUCGCGUGCGACAGGUUCUUUCAAAUGUCAUUUCGAAUGCCAUACAGAAUACCGAAUCCGGGGCAGUCACGACUGAGAUGUGGCGCUCUGCCAACCAGACUCUACCAGGCCAUGUUGGAGUCGAGAUGAUGGUGGUCGACACUGGGGUGGGAAUGUCACAUGAUAAGCUGGAGGCGCUUUUCCAGGAAUUGGAACAAGUUUCCACCGACGAGAGUUACUACCCUGGAGAAGAAGAGGAUGCACAACCAGAAACGCCCUCGGCCAAAUCGGCGAAACCCCGCGUGCUGGGGUUAGGCCUUGCGCUUGCCGCAAGGAUUGUCCGCAAUAUGCACGGGCAGCUAGGUGUUCGAAGCGAAGAAGGGAAAGGCAGCCGCUUCAAAAUCUUUUUGCAGUUUCGGGUACCUGAAGGAGCUUCAUCGGAAGAUGAUUCAGCUCACAUCGCUGCUGCAAAUUCUCCCGUGCCAUCGACACCGAUGAUAUCAGAUAAGGAAUUCACCUUGGUUGGUGGGCCGUACGAGAAUCGGGAUACCCGCCGCAAAAGUGCAGAGAGUAUUCGGUCUCCCGGUAGCUCCCAUAGUGGGAACAGCGGAAAAAGCGAGGCCGAUCGACUCAUUAGCGCUAUACAGGAACCAGCCUUGAACAAGAAAAGCAUCAACCAAGGUAGUUCGCACCCGAAACAAGCGAGACUUUCAAGUCCGCCCAGUGUUGGUAGCAACUCCAUGCCGGUUACAUCACCAUCAGCGUCCAGCCUGAAGCGAGCAUCGACUGGAUGCGAUCCCCGUUCCAGCCUUGCCACAGUCACCCACCCUCCAGCCCUCACAUUACAGCCGAAGACGACAUCGCCUUCCCCGGGUCUAGAGAACGUUAAGGACUCCGGUGUACCAUUGAGUGCCGUGAGAGUGUCCCAGAGGUCAGCGAGUAUCAAAUCACCCAAUGCCCAGACCGCUCAAGACCGAUCCUACUUCCCACGGGUCCCUGAGACCGUCGCAGAGCCAUCCAACGUCCCUUCUACCGGGCCUCCGGCAUCCACCUGCCCUACCACUGCUCCUUCAGUGACUGGCUAUGAACUGCUGAACGUGCUAGUAGCAGAGGACGAUCCAGUCAACAGCAAAAUCAUGCACAAGCGCUUGACCAAGCUUGGACACACAGUAAAACUUACCGGCAACGGCGAAGAAUGUGCGACUGCUUUUGCUUCAGCGACCAAAAACUUCGACGUCGUCUUGAUGGAUCUCCAGAUGCCGGUUGUCGAUGGCAUGUCUGCUACUCGGAUGAUCCGUGAUUUCGAAUCUAAGACCCCGAAAGCCGCGCUUUCCGACAAAGCCAUUCACAACGACCGUGUCCCUAUCUUCGCCGUCUCUGCGUCUUUGCUGGAGAAAGAACGAGAGACCUACAUUGAAACAGGUUUCGAUGGCUGGGUCAUGAAACCUAUUCCGUUCGCUAGGCUGAACGUCAUGCUCUCGGGACUCACAACCCCUGCUGCUCGAGCUGAAACUGCGUACAAGCCUGGCGAAUGGGAGAACGGCGGUUGGUUCUUCGCUCAGUAG